AUGAGGAUUCAUCCUAGGCAGUGGCACGAUGUCAAGGUGUACGCCGUUGGUCCAUACUAUGCUCAUGCUGAAGCUCGGAAAGCACCUGGCCUUGACGGAAAAGUUGAGCGAGAUGCGGAUGGAAAAGAAGUUCGUUAUCCGGUGAUACUCAGCCACAAGGAGAAGAUGAUCGCUCGACGAGUUGUAUUGGCCUUUGGUCAAACCGUGUGUGGGUUCGAUCUCUUGCGAGCAAAUGGGAAGUCAUAUGUGUGUGACGUCAAUGGUUUUUCGUUUGUGAAGACAUCAACCAAGUAUUAUGAG